GGGGGAAAGAAUGGGAGCACGCACAUACACACUGGGACGCGUUGCAGUCACCCCGUAAUCUUAUCGCGCCUCUCCCAGCCUCGCCUCCAUCAAAUCGGAAUCGACAUUCGAUUCGUCGACUCAUAGCCCAUCUCAUACACAAUGCACUAUGCAAUGUCACCGUCGGACGCGCACCCAUAGGGCCAUACACACCCUCCGUCGUCAACCCGUCCAAGUCCAAGCUUACAGUACCACAGUAACACGCUCUCGCACACACGUUUCCCCCUCUCCAAAUAUACACACCAUCUCUAACGACCGUGCCCGCGGCGUCACUCGAGAGCCCAUUGGACAUCUGACCUCUCGACUCCGUGUUCAUUGACAUAAGUACCCCGUCCGUUCACAAGUUUUGACGCCUCAUCAUCCGUAUUCAUUGGCAAUGUCGGUUGUAAGGCUGAAACCGACGGUGCGCGCUGAGUAGAGCGAUUUCGAAUGUCUUUUUCCCUCUUUUCUCGUGAUACGGAGACACUGACAGUACAGCAUUCCAUCAUAUCUCCCUCCCCUGUCCCUCUGAGGCUGUCAAACUCUCAGCCUCUCAGACUCUCAGACUCUCAGGCCGCCCCCUCACACGCAUCCCGCACCCCAACACAGCCCUCGACAACACCCACCCAACCAGAACCGCAUCUCCCUCCUGUCACGGUCAACAACAACAUCCCCAUCCCUCCCAAACUCUAAAGUGUGCCAUCAACGACAAUGUGUCCCAUUAACGAUAAUGGAUAAUGAGUCCUAUUAAUGAAAAAUGAAAUGCAUCCCACUGCCACUCCAUGGCUGAACUGCCA